AUGGCGCCACCAGCGAAAAGAAUACAGAGACCGAUUUCCUGGUUUCAGUACAUUCCAAAGUUUGUCUCUGGGCUCGCACUGAAACCAAACAAGGACGCUCUGAUUGAUGUUCAGAAGCAUUGUCGAUGCACCGAUGAAGUACAGGAUCCAGCGUCUCGUCCUGUUCGCUGCAUGUCCUUGAAUAUGAAGCAGAAUGUCGAGGAUGGCAAGUUUGCCAAACCCAGUGGAGAGAAUGGUGCAGACAUUGAAUAUCCAUUCGUACAGAAAGCCAAUGCCUAG